AUGCACGGUAUGAUGGGUCACUUUGGCAUGGACGAUGACCCGAACCACCAGCAGAGCAGCGAGCAGCACGGCAACUACAGCAACGACGUCUGGGCUGGCAUUCCCGCAAAUAGUUAUUCCUCGCCACAACAGACAUCGCCCAUGUAUGAAUACCAGAACUACCAGCUCAUGAACCACGGGCUACCACUCAGUCUACCCGAACAUCCCACCUUUCCGAGGAUGCCGCCUCCACCGGCGCAUCAGCAAACUCUCCUACCACUUCUCCCCGCUCCGGCUUGGAUGAAUAACAAUCCCGCCAUGUCCAAUUUUCCCGCUACCAUGCCCAGCAUGUUGACAAACCCAGGCGGGCACCCGACACGACAGGUCAGAAUGGCGCCCAACUCCGCGCGGGUGAGAGCGUCGAAACCAUCGCCACAACAUGGCGGUGGUAGGAAAUGCUUGACCGAUGAGGCAAAACGAAGAAUAUGCCAAAUCCACAUGGACAACCCGAGUAUGAAACAGGCACAAAUCGGAGCUCAGUUCAAUGUCGAGAGAAGCACUGUCUCCAAAGUCCUGCGCCAAAAGGAGAAGUUCCUGUCUCUCGAAGAGCCCAGCGUAUCGCCUGCCAAGCUACCAAAAGGCAGAGCACAAGACAUCGAUCUCGCUCUCCACAGUUGGUGGCACAACGAGUGGAAAAAGGGCGUUUUGCGAAACCGUGAGGAGAUUAGAGAGGAGGCAAUAAAAUUUUGCAGUAUCCUUAAUAACGAACAAGGCCUCAAAAAGGCCCACGACGACCAGUGGCUCGAUGAGUUCGUACGGAACCACAACGCCAGUACGAAAAAAGAGAAGCACCACAACGUCAGUACGAAAAAACAGAAGUACAAUGGCCGCAUGAAACUCUCACGCCGUUCAUCAGAGGCGAAUAUCUCUGACAUCGCCACCUGGGGCCAGGGAUCUGCAGGUUCGUCUAUUGCCAACACGCCGAGCGGGCACUCGCCUGGCUCCCCGUAUGACUUCACAUCGCCACUGUCUGGGGUUAAAGACGAAGACGACUACUUGCCCUUUGGCUCCAUUGGAUACCGCCAUUCAAACUCACGAAGCACUGCAUCUCUGUCCAGCGAAUUCACUGACACCACUGUGGGCUCUUCCUACUCCGGCGGCCCUUCCAGCCCCGCAACCCCCUUCUCCUUCUCCCCGGAGACGACACAAGGUCCGUUCCCGCCGCCGCAGUACGUACGGGCCAUAGCACCCUCGUACCCGCAGCGCCCGCGCUCGCAGACCUUCCCCAUGCUCGCCAUCGACCCGGACACAGCUACAACCGCCACAUUCCCUCACCACUCCACCUCGCCGCCUGCCCUCGACGCAUCCUCCGACCCCAUAGCCACAACCCCAUCAACGACCGCCAGUACUGCCUCGACCUCCCCAACCCCAGACGACGCGCGAAUCGCUCUCGAGACCUUCCUCAACUAUAUGGAAGUCGCGGCGCCGCAGGGCCUCGUCGACGAAGCCGAGUACCAAACCGUUGUCAAGUUAACCGAGCGCAUGCGCCAGCACAGUCUCGGGUCUAUCAGGGCCAUCGCCGAAGGCGACACCGGGUCCGGCAAUAUGGAGUGCAGCAUUGUGUAG